AGGAAAUGAAUUCGUUAGGUUCGGUGGGGGGGAUACUUCGCGUCGCAAUACGAGAGGACGCAGUGGGCAGGACGGAGUGGCGUGAAACAACGCCGACAGCCCUCUGUGAUUCGGCGAUGACGUGUCAACGUCCUUUACAUCUUCAGUAAACUGCUGCGGCGUAGAUUCAGGAAGUGUCGCUGGUUUCACAUUUUACCUGGUGUCACAUUUUCAGGGGAUGACUCGUGAGAACCACAGGCCAGACUUUUUAAAAUGGCCAGCCAAGGUAAAAAGGUGAAAAGACCCGACAAAUCACUAGCAAGGUCGAAAGGACCAGUUGAAAGGGAAUUGUGCAGUCUCAAAACCCUCUUAUCCCUCGUCAGUGUCCCUGUUUCCAGACCUCAGGUUGCAGCAGGGAGUCAGCCGAGAUCCCAACAUGUCCACCACCGGAACAACAAAAGCUCAAACAAGAGCAGCAAGCAUACAGCUAAGGAGGCUUCAGAGCUGGAGAGCUUCAGGUACGUGGCACAGGAGUACAGAACUCCCAUCCCAUUCCUGUUUGCUGGCUCCGCAGCUGUUUUUAGUACCAACCCGCUAAUUACUCACAUCUCUUGCACAAGCGUGACAUACAGAAAUGAGAGAGACUUCAGCCACCACCCACUGCACAAGCUGUUUUUGAACAUCUUCACCUGUUUGAUCAAGAAUAGACUUGUUCCCAGUGAGUGGCUCCGGCAAGCUUCUCCUGACAACAUCUUAGGAGUGCUGAUCUGUCUGAGGCUGUUGAUAAGAGACCCACACCAUCAGAAAGUUUUCCAUGAACUCCAUGGAGUUGAUGCCCUCGCAAGGUAUAUGGAAUCAGUGUCCAGUGACUAUCUGGAGGGAGGAUAUCAAAUAUUUGCUGUGGACAAACUGGUCAACAUGACAUAUAUAUUCCAGAAGCUUUCUGCUGUUGAACACCAAAGAGCCUGGGUUGUCAAAUGUCGUGCUCACGAGAUCCUGGUGAAGCUUCUGACCUCGCGGGACAGCAGUGCAUUACUGGGAGCUCUGCUUGCCCUCACCAGCUUGGCAGACAGUCUGGAAUAUAAGGAGAAGAUAGGAGAGCUGCCAAUAGUCGGAAGUCUUCUCGUGAUACUUCAAGAGUAUGACCUGCUUUCGAAAAGAGUGAGUGCGGAGCUGCUGAGGCUGCUGUGUCCCGCCACACGGAUCCGGGAGCAGGUGCGGGCCUACGAGGGCGUCCCCGUGCUCCUCAGCCUGCUCCAGUCAGAUCACCUCAGGCUGCUGGGGAGCGCGGUGUGGGUCCUGGUACAGCUGUGCGAGGACCCUGGUGCUGCGGCGGAGAUUCGUGCUUGGGGCGGGGUGCAGCAACUGCUGCAUAUUCUGUGCAACAAGCGGGAAUACAUCUCGGACCGCUGCUCUGUGGAGACACUGUCCAGCGCCAAUGCUGCUGGCCGGAUCCAGAGGCAGUGCGUCUCGGAGGAGUUCAAUCCAAAGGAAACACUGGAGAAUGUGAUGUCUCUGCAAACAGCAUGCUGUGCUGCACUGACGGAGCUCAUCCUGGAUGACACCACGGCUCAUCAGGUUGUACAGGAGAAUGGGGUCUAUAUCAUAGGGAAGCUGAUUCUGCCACAAAGCUCACAGCCUGGGCCAAAAGCAACAUCCCUCCAGUGCUACGCCUUCAGGACGUUGCGUUUCCUCUUCAGCGUGGAGCGAAAUCGGCGCCUAUUUAAAAGACUGUUUUCUGCAGAGCUGUUCGAGAUGUUUAUAGACGUCGGGCAUUAUGUUCGCGACAUCACCUCAUAUGAGCCACUGCAAGCGAGGUUCUCUCUUCUUUCCGAAGAAGAAUUAAAGAUUCUGAGGGAAAGUAUUGAGGCCGUGAACUUGCACAGGUCCCCCCUAAAAGUGAUCAAUGGCUACGCCGUCCUGGACCAUCUGGGCAGUGGGGCCUUUGGCAGUGUGUACAAGGUCCGGAAGCAGAACGGACAGAACCUCCUGGCUCUGAAGGAAGUAAACCUCCACAAUCCUGCCUUUGGCAAAGAUAAGAAAGACCAGGACGUGAGCGUGGAGAAGGUGGUGUGUGAGCUGAGCAUCAUUAAGGAGCAGAUAAGCCAUCCAAAUAUUGUUAAAUACUACAAGACAUUCUUGGAAAGUGACAGGCUCUACAUCGUCAUGGAGCUGAUCGAUGGCGUACCCCUGGCUGAACAUUUAAACUCUCUGAAAGAGAAGCAGCAGCGAUUCACCGAGGAUAGAAUUUGGAACAUAUUCAUUCAGAUGUGCCUGGCGCUUCGAUAUCUCCACACAGAGAAGAAGAUCGUUCACAGAGACCUUUCCCCUAAUAAUAUCAUGCUAGGAGAGAGGGACAGAGUUACCAUCACGGACUUUGGCCUGGCGAAGCAGAAGGAGGCCAGCAGCAAGCUAACAUCGCUGGUCGGCACCAUACUGUACUCUUGCCCAGAGAUAGUGAAGAGUGAGCCCUAUGGGGAGAAGGCUGAUGUGUGGGCACUGGGCUGCAUUUUGUACCAAAUGGCCGUGCUGCGCCCUGCGUUCUACAGCAGCAACGUGCUAACUCUCGCUACCAAGAUUGUUGAGGCUGUCUAUGAACCAGUGGAAGAUGGUGUCUUCUCUACGAGAGUAACAGACAUCAUUAAAUGGUGCUUGACCCCAGAUGCGGACUUGCGUCCUAACAUCGUGGAGGUCAGUGCCAGGAUCUCUGACCUCAUGAUGAAGUUCAUCGACAACCUGUGCACUUCCCAGCAGGCACUGGAGAGGAAGCUGGAGCGCGACAGAAAACGGGCACUAAAGUACUUUCUUGAAGCCAGUAGAGGUGGGCUCGGUGCUUCUCAUUCGUACGCCUCGCAGGGUAUGGGUGCGGAACCCAGCCGUUGCACUGAUGGGCUAGCAGAUGUGAGGAGUGACCCCUGCGACACUGAAUCUUCCCCCCCCCCGACUCAAUGCCCCGCUCAGGAGGAGGAAGGGUCAGGCCUGGUAGAGCGCCCUCUAUGGGAAAGCCCACAGGGCUCCAAACAGGGGUGUAUAAAACGCAUAGUCAGCAGUUCUGCAUAUGAGGAGAGAAAUUGCGCUGGUGGAGAUCUUGCUGUUACAAAAACAACUCCCCAGCCAGCAUCGGCAGGGAUAUGUGUGCCCCAGAAGAAAGUCCGGCAAAUCGACGACCCCGUCCAGCUACUGCUGCUGCUGUUGCAUAAAAUUAUAUACAUCAGUCAGCUUCCACCAACUCUUCAGCAUGAUUUUAAACGUUGGGUAGUUGAGAGGUUCAAGAAGACUCUCUUUGACUCCAGGAGCAGUCCUUACAAUCUUAAGAUGGAGCUAAAGAAGCUCCUGCAAGGAUCUCCAGAAAUCAUCGAGCAGAUCGAUUUCAACUGGUCAUCCUCCAUUCAGUCUUUUGGGGGGAAACGGUUUUCCAUUGAUAAUAAAGGUGACUCUGACUAUGUAAGUCUUCAAGAUGGAGUAACCUAUGAACAGAUGAUGACUAUAAUUGAAGAGGUAUUGGAAGAACAUGAGUACUGCAGCACAUUAUCGAAAAGGUCAUUCAAAAUCAGGGGGAGUGACCAUCAUCCUUAGAUCAGAAGAACAGAAGACUUCAGGCCAGCAAAGGUGUGGCAGCACCAUGUUUACGACCAACCGGUGCCCAGGUCACACUGCCAGAAAACUAAAGAAUGCAAUUCUUCAAACAAUGACUCACUCAUUAUAGGACUUUUGUACUGAAUUGUAGAAUUACUUUAUGAGAACACUUUAUUAUGUUCUCACCAAGCUUAUGUUCUCCACAGCAGGUAGCCUUAAAAUGUGUAGUAUGACUGGAAUGCUGAAUAGAAAAGCUUGCCGGCUUUCAGUAAGCCUGGUUUAGAAAAUACCUGUGUCUGCCAGUUUUACUGAGAGAGCAGAUGGAUUUUUACUCACAGAGCAAGUGGAUUUAAAAUCAACAUGCAGGGCUUCUUCGAGAAAAGGGAGCUGAUUACUUUUGUCGUCGCUGAAUAAGUUUUAAUACAUAAAAAUAUGAGAGAAUGGACUUGUGCUUUUUAAACCUCCAGUUUGUUUGGGAAGUUUAGCGUUUUCAGAAUCCAUAAUAUCCGGCUUUUACUUGAGUUCUGCUUUAUGCACAAUUUUUAUUGCUUUUCCUACGAUUUUAGGCCUUGAUCAAACCCAGUAAUUGCACAUGAUUAUCAAGGGAGAAAUGUGAAAACUAGUAUAUGCUGUAAAGUGUAAACAGUGUAUAUUUCUAACUUCUGAAUCUGUACCUCAUUAUUCAUUGAUUAGUUUCCUCUGUGGUGAAAUGGAACAGUGAAUCGUUUUUUAGUUCUCUGAAAGUUUGGAGUUCAUGCCUGGCAAUGAAAAUAUAUCGCUAUGUGUUUCCUCCAAAGAUAGUAAAUUAGAGCUGCGUUCUUCCGCUUUCUGAGAUCUCAGGGUUCUCUUACAGCACUUUGUAUUGUUGGCACAGCAUAUAUGCUACAUACAUGUCUGUAUGCGGUGCUUAUAUUUACAAACCAAAACAAUGUGUCACUGAAUGCACAUGUCUCGCAUGUUUGGGCAUGAUAAGGUGUUUGUUACUUAAUUAUUUCUACAUUCUUUGUUUUUUUCUUAAUUCUCCUGGAAUUGUUAGUGAUAUCCAUGUAGUUCAGCUCACUUGCAUGUUUUUAUAACGUCAUCAAAAUACUUUUUCUUAUUUGCCUGAACUACAUCGAAAUGGUAAAAAAAAAUAUAUAU